AUGACAGCCUGCUCGAAAGUUGUUAGUAGCCAGUACUCUAAAUACUUCAAGGAUUAUGGUUAUCCAUAUCGGGCUCAGGAUGUUUUCGAGUGUGAAUUUAUUCUCAUGGAAGCAAUGGCACAUUGUAAACGACAGCAUGCGGACGGACCUCUGCCUCCACUACCCGCCUUAUCUCAUCGCCCUCGAAGUAGCCUUACAGCGAUCGUUUUAGGGAACAUACGCUUCACGAUUUUGCCCUCGAAGCUCACUCUCGGACCACGCCAACAGCCGCCCAGCGAACGGAUUCCAUUUAAGGUGAAAUUUGGUUCGCCGCAUCCAGAUGAGGACUGCUUCAACGCCCUCAAAAAGGUAGAACGUGGACGGAAUUCCUUCCUUGCACGCUCAUCGCGGCGCAAUACGGUUGUGGUGAAUGCAGUUGUUCAGCUACCACCACUGUACCAGGCGGAUAUUAGUUGUCUACAACUGGCCUUUAUAAGUCUGGAGAAGAAUCCGCCCGCUGAUGCAAGCUACGCUGCUAACGACAGCGCAUCCCUUUCCGCGGCCUGUGGUGGACAUAACAACAGUUUCCCCAUCACCAACAGGCAGUCCAAAGUGAGCCCGCUGGCUGUGGCGGAGCACUGGUUCUCAGAACUGACAGUGAACAUGGAAAAGGUGUGA